UGGUGGUUGGAAUGAGUGGAGUCCCUGGAGUAUCUGCACUAAAACAGUCAGUGGCAUACAGAUAAGGUUUAGAGAAUGUUCCAAUCCAGAACCAGCAUAUGGCGGGGAACACUGUAAUGGGAGCAGAGCACUUGUAAGGGAAUGCAACAAAACGUCCAGCUGCCAUGAAGUAUUUCCACUGCGCUUUAAAACGGAGAGAAACUCAUCAGUUGGUACAAUGGAAAUCUACUCAGACAGCAGCUGGAAAAAGCUUUGCACUAGUACCUGGAAUGUAGUUGAAGAAGAUUUGACGUGCAUGGUAAUGGGAUACUCUAACAGCGAUGAUUAUGGUAGAUGGUAUAAAAAAAGUGGAAAUGUAUCAGAGACAUCUACUAAUUUCAAUUGCACCACCACUUUGACUAAAUGUGAAGAAAGCUUCUCAAACAAAUCGCAGUUCUGCGAAGUUCGACCAGUGGUGAGUGUUUCAGGAUCAAGCAAUCUAAUCAGAGAAGGAGACACUGUGAAUUUGACUUGUAAAAUCAUUCAAGGUCGGCCUAAGCCACAGAUAACCUGGCUGAAGAAUAACUUAUCUAAAGGACACAGUCUGUCUCUCUCUUUUAAUAACAUAACAAAGGAAGAAGCAGGUCUGUACACCUGUGAAGCAAAAAAUCGUGGAGGAAUUUCCGCUGAAAAUAUCUAUAUUUCUAUUCACGAAAAACCCACUGCCAAAGUAAGUCCAAAACCAUAUCCAACGCUCCCUCAAGGUGAUAAGCUUAGAUUAACUUGCAGCGUCAACAAAGCAACAGUACAUAUCACUUGGAAAAAAGAUGGAGACCCAACAAUAGAAACGGCAGUCAUUGAUACGCAAUUGUGUGAGAAGACAAGUUAUCUGGUUAUUGCAGAGGUUGUGAAGGACGACAGUGGUGAAUAUUCCUGUGAAGCUCGUAACAGACUAGGAGAUGUGGCCCGCUCGACUGUGAUGAUAAUAGUAAAACUUCCACCACAUUUAAAUCCUAAACUCAAGAAUCUUUCAGUUCCACUGAACUCCACAUUUGAAACAGACUGUUUUAAAAAGGGUGAUCUUCCAGUAUCUGUCAACUGGACCAAGGAUGGAGAAGCUCUUGGUAACAACAAUACGUUAGUUAUUAAGCGCGUGACUUUUGAUGAUGGAGGUUUCUAUCGAUGUGCUGCUGAAAAUCUGGUUGGAAAAGUUAACAUCUCCUUCUGGAUCGAUGUUACUGUGUCUCCUCAGAUUUUAUUGUCUCCGGUAAACCAAUCUGUUUACGAUGGAGAUCCAGUCAACUUCACUUGCCGUGCCACAGGUGUUCCAACACCAAAAUUAACCUGGACAUUUGUUGGUGGUAAACUUCCACUGGGUAUUAGUCAGAACAAUUUUGAGGGAGACUCAUUCGUGGAAUCAGUCCUGGAAAUGCGGAGAGCGACAAAGAAAAUGGACGGAACAUACAAGUGUACAGCAGAAAACAAAGCAAAUAGAACAAGUUAUUCAACAACACUUCAAGUAUUUGAGAAACCCACAGCCAAAUUAAGUCCAAAACCAUAUCCAACGCUCCCUCAAGGUGAUAAGCUUAGAUUAACUUGCAGCGUCAACGAAGCAACAGUAAAUAUCACUUGGAAAAAAGAUGGAGACCCAACAAAAGAAACGGCAGUCAUUGAUACGCAAUUGUAUGAGAAGACAAGUUAUCUGGUUAUUGCAGAGGUUGUGAAGGACGAUAGUGGUGAAUAUUCCUGUGAAGCUCGUAACAGACCAGGAGAUGUGGCCCGCUCGACCGUGAUAAUAAUAGUAAAACUUCCACCACAUUUAAAUCCUAAACUCAAGAAUCUUUCAGUUCCUCUGAACUCCACAUUUGAAACAGACCGUUUUAAAAAGGGUGAUCUUCCAGUAUCUGUCAAUUGGACCAAGGAUGGAGAAGCUCUUGGUAACAACAAUACGUUAGUUAUUAAAAGCGUGACUUUCGAUGAUGGAGGUUUCUAUCGAUGUGCUGCUGAAAAUCUGGUUGGAAAAGUUAACAUCUCCUUCUGGAUCGAUGUUACUGUGUCUCCUCAGAUUUUAUUGUCUCAGGUAAACCAAUCUGUUAUCGAUGGAGAUCCAGUCAACUUCACUUGCCGUGCCACAGGUGUUCCAACACCAAAACUGAUCUGGACAUUUGUUGGUGGUAAACUUCCACUGGGUAUUAAUCAAAACAAUUUUGAGGGAGACUCAUUCGUGGAAUCAGUCCUGGAAAUGCGGAGAGCGACAAAGAAAAUGGACGGAACAUACAAGUGUACAGCAGAAAACAAAGCAAAUAGAACAAGUUAUUCCACAACACUUCAAGUAUUUGGAAAACCCACCGCCAAACUAAGUCCUAAACCAUAUCCAACGCUCACUCAAGGUGAUAAGCUUAGAUUGACUUGCAGCGUCAACGAAGCAACAGUAAAUAUCACUUGGAAAAAAGAUGGAGACCCAACAAAAGAAACGGCAGUCAUUGAUAUGCAAUUGGAUGAGACAACAAGUUAUCUGGUUGUUGCAAAGGUUGUAGAGGAGGACAGUGGUGAAUAUUCCUGUGAAGCUCGUAACAGACUGGGAAAUGUGGCCUGCUCCACUGUGGUGAUAAAAGUCAAGUCUGUGAUUCCACUCCUGGUGUGGUAUUAUAUUGUUGGAUCAAUGGCUGCUGCUAUUGUUAUUUUGCUCAUAGGCUACUUCAACUUGCUACGUCGAAAGACAGCAGCUGCUACGGCUCUUUCUAAUCAAGGGGAGGCAAUCGAGGUGGAGUAUGUAGAGGUGGAUGAAUGGGAGAUUGAAGUGAACCGUGUCCUGCUUCAAGAUGUCAUUGGGCGAGGGGCAUUUGGAGCAGUGUGGAGAGCUCUUCUUAGUUCUCCAAAUGGGAGACCUGGAAAUCGCACAGUUGCUUCUAAAUGCUUCACACCCACCGCAGGGGAGGAAGGAAGAAAAUGUUUGAUGAGAGAGAUCGAGCUGGGAAAAAUUCUCGGUAAAAGCAAUCACCCAAACAUAGUGAAAUUCAUUGGCUGUGUCACUAGACAAGUUCAUCCAAUCCUGAUCAUGGAACAUUUGCCAUGUGGUGACCUGCUUGGUUACAUGAGAAAAUGCCGGGGAAUUAAUGAUCGGUAUUAUCUUGGAGAAGGAAGGCCUCAAGUUUUGAACAACUAUGACCUUGUGCUAUUUGCCAAACAAAUCGCCGCUGGUAUGGUAUUCCUUGGAUCAAGGGGGAUAAUCCAUCGUGACCUGGCAGCUCGAAACGUCCUCCUUGAUAACAACUAUGUGUGCAAAGUGACCGACUUUGGCAUGGCAUAUCAAAACUUCAAAUACGGUCAUGGAAAAGCCAAAAAGGGCCGUCUGCCAAUCAAAUGGACUGCACCAGAGAUUUUGUUGGGAAAUCUCGCUGGACUUUCUAUCUUGAGUGACGUGUGGUCUUACGGAAUCGUUCUGUAUGAGAUAGUUACCCUUGGAGGAAUUCCAUACGAGGGAUGGACAGAAGGGAAUGUGGUUGCACAAGUCACACAUGGAUACAAACUUCCAAAGCCCGAUCAUGUUGAUGAUAAACUGUAUGCUAUAAUGAAAAGGUGCUGGAAUUUUGACCCCGACUUUCGUCCUCCCUUUGAAAACCUUCGAAAAAGAAUGGAUACCUACCUUCGUGAAGAGACAUAUCUGCACCUGCUCGACAUGGGAUCUUAUGACACGAUCAAAUACUCCAAGGUUGAAGACCUCGGAGAUGAAGAUGUCGAACCAAGUGCACGAGCUACAAGGAACGCCGCUGCAAAGAGAUUAGGAAAAUGGGCCAGCGACCGUCGUUAGACAGUGACAUUUUGAAUAUUACUCAGGAACCUAGCCGCUACAAUAAAUUUCAGUCACUUUGUAGUACAUCAAGUAUUAGAAAAUGUGUACCCGUGAUAACGGUGAUAAUUUAAGGGUCUUAUUGUGUUAUAAUAAAUCAAAGCAGUGUCCUUAAUGAGACACCUUUAAGUCAAUUUUUUCUUAAGUUGCAAUUGAUAAAUAAUUCGAUUUAGAUACAGCUGAUUAAGGCAGGAUUUAAAAAAAGGAGGUUGAAAAUGGGAAAAAAGCUUCUUCAUUUAAAGUUCUGCACAAGGAAAAUUGUUUACCUCUGUUUACAGGUGAAACAAUACAACGAGUUGUUAGCAAUCAUGCUAUUGAGGUGUCGCCUGCUGGUUCUAUAGACGUGGUAAGAUAUUUAGUAGUUUAGUAUUGAUUUGGUCAUGGACCUUUGGGUAGCGUGUCCUUUAUCGACGAGAUCGGUGACAUCUCUUAUAAUGUGGUACUACAUGGGUCGUAGAUUGCUUACAUUUUGUGUCGUUGGUAUCGGAAAACAAAAAGUGCAUUGCUAUUGAUUUUUUUAUUCUAACUUUCUUGCUGUUAUUGUUAAAUGCAUUUUCAUAAACGGAGAGAACCGUCUCAAUAGAGUGAUACUAGGAAUCAAAUUUACUAUAUUCCCAGUGUUUUCGACUCGUACAGGGAACAAAGAGCGCUAUUCAAAGGGGUUGUGGCUGGUAGACAGACUUUUGCUAUGAUGAAAUGAACCGCUUAUUUCAAAGCGGAAAUGUUGUCAAAGCAGGGAUGAACGUUUAUUUCUGUACAUUAUCGAAACACACUAAACUGUAUUUAAAAUCUUGUGAAACACUCUAUAUGAUAUCUACAGUAAAAGAGUAGAGGCUUACCUGAUGGCAUUAUUCAUAAUAUUGUAUUACUAUUUAAGCCACCCCAGAUAUACACAGGAGAAAGAAAAACACCUAAUCUUGUAUCUCAGAUACAACGCAAUUUUCUUU